UAACGCCCGGGUGAAAGGACCGAGGUUCAUAGCGAUUGAAAUGCGGCGGCUUGUUUUUUUUCUUUGGCUUUUCUCGGGCGGUCUGUCUUCAUACGGGAGGCGCUUCUAAUAUGUCUGUCGUUUCCUCUUUUGUCAUUCUCAAAUGGAGUGGCCAUGCGCAGCGAAUGAAAGCUUCAGGCUGGAGUGGUGAUCCGAUGGGUGUACGCUACGGAGGGUGGGAUCAUGCGUUCUUGCGAGUUCCGUCGGGGGGUGGCUGGGUCAAUAUCCUGUUGGUGGUCUCUAUUCUCGUCCCGCCUUUCCUGCAUACCGUAGCCGUGUGUUGUGGGAACUUGGUGGGAUGGGAAAAGCCAGAAACAUGGGUUUUGUCGAACCAAUUCUUCUCAUUAUAUUCCUGGGACGAAUGGAUGGAUGGGUGGAUGUGUGCAGUGGAGAUGCGACUACAGCUCCCUUUUUCUUUUUCUUUCUCUUUGUUACACUUCUUUACUUUGCAUCUCUUUUGUCCACUGUGCUUCCCUUCCUUACAAUAUGGUCUCUUUAUGACGAACUGCCGUGCAUGCUGUCUUGUCUGGUGUGAGAAUGUGUGUGUGCGUGUGUGUGUCUGUGUUUAUCUCAGGUGAUUGAUGAUGAAGGGGGAUACUGAUUUGGGAUUUGCAAUAGAUAUCUGUGUUUAUUUUUGA